CUGUAGCCCUUCCCAUCCCUCGCCUUUCUCGUGGCCUCCAUCAAUUUAUAACCUUCCGCCCCUUCACCACUCCAUUUAAUUGUGAUUUAUUAACAGUUAACUUAUUCCUUGACAAAACCCAAAGCGAGAAAUCGAAGGGAGCAAAGAUGUCCAGAGCCACUGUGGAGCUCGAUUUCUUCGGCAUGGAGAAAGAGAACCCCAGCAAAUCUCAGUUUCAAAAGUUUCUCGAUCAACGGAAAACUAUUCGAGACAUUCAAAGCGCCAUUUCGAAGAUCAACCCUCAGCUUUUGAAAACCGUCAUCGCUUCCGGAACUGCGGAGGGGAGUUUGGAUGGAAAGUUUCAGGUAAACGGAGGCAUUUUCCGGCAAAAUGGAGGCAAGUUACCACCGGAGAAUCCAUUUUCGGUGCCUUCAACCCCGAAAGAGAAUCAAUGCCUCCCGUCGAAUUUACCCGUCCUCGACCGGUUUCCUAGGUCCAUUUCUGAUCUUCCAUCAGAGACAGCUCCUUUGACGAUAUUUUACAACGGUACCGUUUCCAUUUUCGACGUUCCUCGCGACAAGGCGGAGAAAAUCAUAAAACUUGCCGAGAUAGGAAACGCCAAAGCAGUUGAAAUGGCCGAUCCAAGCGACGAGCAGCAUCUGCUGGAAAACUUUAACGGAGAUCUGCCCAUCGCCCGAAGCAAGUCCCUUCAGAGGUUCUUCGAAAAGCGCAAGGAGAGAUUGACUUUAAUAUCACCUUACGGGAGCUCGUCGGCAUGUUCCGUGGAGAAGAAGUUGACUGUGGCUUGCGUGCAGCCCUACAGACCAUAGAUAAGUCAAAUUAAUGACAAAGAGAUAUGGUGGGGAUUCUAUAUAUAUAUUUGUUGGUCGCAGAAAAAGGAGGAGGACGUGGAGAUAAAGCGUAUUUGUUUGUGCUGUCUCGGGGGUGGCGGUAGUUGUUAGGUUACCAAUCAGUAUUGGCCCUUUUGGAUUGGGCCUAUUACUACUACUAUGUUCUUUCGUCUCACCUUCCUUUCGUCUUUCGUAACAUUGGUAUGGUCUUCUUGUUUUACUUUCUACACCAUGGAUGCUACAAAGUACAAAUAUUUAUAUAUAAAUAUUCAUGUUUCCAUA